UCGAACCUCAUCCAAUAUGGCCGCUCCACCGUCGUCAUCGCUCUCCUCCUCCCAAGGUCAAAUGGGCGUGGCCAGCAGUCUCCUUCACUCAUUGGAGCAACAGAGGGAUCACGUGGCUGAAAUAGACCCCGCCCUCACUGCGCAGUUCACGGCGCAGGAGCUCCGAGAUUUGAGGAUGGUAUUUGAUACAUUUGAUAAGAAUAAAAAAGGAUACAUCGAUGCUUUUGAUCUUCGGAGUGCAAUGAGAGUUCUUGGGUUUAAACUUUCUCAUGAGCAAAUAGAUGAAGCUAUAGCUGACAUUGGCAGAAGAAUAGGGGAAGUGAGUUUCCCAGACUUUGUUGAGCUGGUAGCACAUCGCCAGGGAGACUCAAGAGACAUCUACGAUGAGAUACACCAAGGCUUUGAUAUGAUGGAUUACGGGAAGAAAGGAUGCCUGAGUACGGAUGAUCUCAAGAUGGUUGCCAAGGAAACCGGGGUCAAGGUCAGCGAUAGCAUGAUCAGAGAGAUGAUCGAGGAGGCAAGUAGCAGUGGUGACAACACUAUCAACAGAGACGAGUUUGUUGCCGUCAUGUUGCAGACGAACAUGUACAAAGAAUGACGAAAAGUCUCUUGUCAACAAACAUUGCAGAAACACAUGUUUCACCAUUGUGUGUGUUGCUAUCAUUGAAGAUCAUGUUGAAAAACGAAAUAGUUUUCUUACUACAAGCUGUUGAGAGAGACGAGAUUGUUGCCGUCAUGUUGCAGACGAACAUGUACAAGGAAUGACGAAAGUCUCUCGUCAACAAACAUUGCAUAAAGACUUGCAUGGUUAUCAUUGUGUGUGUUGCCAUCAUGUUGAAAAACGAAAGAGUUUUCUUGCUACAAGCUGUUGAGACAGACGAGAUUGUUGCCGUCGUGACGAACAAGCCUCGAUGUAAGCCUCCUCGUCAUCAAACGUUGUACAUAGAUAGAGGUAUCGUCAGUGCGUGAGUGAUACCACCAUGUGAACAAAAUAGGUCAUAGAUUAAGAAGAUGCUGAACGCCAUGACGGUUGCUACAAGCUGAUGAAAAGGCAAUUUUUUUGUCGUUGUGUUGCAGAUGAACAUGUACAAUUAAAGCAAUGACGAUAAAUGUCGGUAUACUCUUUUACAAACUUUGUAGAAAGACGAGCUUCAUCAAUGUGUGAUUCCGUCAUGUCAAAAAAUGUUGACACGCGAAAUAAUUAUUCUUGCGACAGGCUGGUCACAGAGAAGACGCUGUUGCUGCAACGUUGCUGAUGAGCAUUUGCAAACUAUGCUCCCUAACAGUUGCCAAAAGACAACUGCGUCAACAACUGAGAUGCGAAGAUAUAUGGCAAGCCAGUAAGCCGCUGGCGACCCUACUUCUUUCUUGUUAGAUGUAUAAACAUAGACGAUGCUCUUCAAUAAAAUUUAUAGGAAAAGAUUAUGCUGUUGUCGCUAUGAAUCGUUGCUACUCGACGGAGGCAUGUUGCCAACAUAUUGAAUCGCGGAAAAUACGUGACAAAAACAUUCAGAAUUGUAUUUAUUUUUGUCAGACGCAUGUGAAGUCUCAAACUGCAAAGCAAUGAUGUGAACUAAUGAUUAAAUGUGCAAAUAAUUAGGUACACAU